UUUCAACUUUAAUUAGCUUUAUAUUGGAACGACAAAACCAAACCAGUUCUACUCUUCCGAACUUGUUUUAGUUCUUCUCCAAGGUUUCUCUUUGCCUAAAGUCCGUUCUUUUUUAGCCCAUUUGAAAUGGGUGACAAAAAAGCAGAAACAACCAAGAAGAACCCACAACAACCCCAGCAGCAGCAGCAGCAACAACAGAAGCAACAGAUUUCACCUUCUCCCAAUGACCAACAACCGCCGCCAACGGCUGUUAAUAUCAGUGGAGCAGCAGCUGCAGCUGGUGUCCCCUUCAAUAUUCCUCCUCCCUUGUUUGUCCCCACCGGUACUCCAACAACCUCGUCUUCAUCACCCUUUGAUCAGCAUCAGUUUGAGGCAGCUGUGAAUCCAAAGAGGCCAAGAUUUACGAGUACAACCGGACAAUGGAAACUUCUUCCUUCACCGUCUUCCCAACAGAAACAACCCCAAGUACCAAUUCUGCCCUCAGAAUCAACCCCAUCUCCAAAUAAAAAAAAUACUCAAUUAUCCCAACCCCAUGUCUCCACCAUCGGAGAAGCUUCCUCCUCCGACACCGCCUCAUCGUCGCCGCCGCACUCUCAUCUGCCGUCUGUGUCAGCAACGUCAGGGCAGGACCCAAACAAGACAGUAGCAGGAGACCCUCAAAACCCGGUCCACCACCACCACCAGUUCAGAAAAGGAAAGUACGUAAGCCCGGUUUGGAAACCAAACGAGAUGCUAUGGCUGGCGAGGGCGUGGAGGAUUCAGUAUCAAGGUGGGGCAGCUGGUGGGUAUUCGGAUCAUGGGUCGGGCUCAUCUUCCAGAACAGAGCAGUUACAAACAGAGUCGGGCGGCGCCACCACCACUCCUCACACCAGAGGCAAAACUAGAGGCGACAAGGACAUGGAAGUCGCCGACUUCCUUCAGAAGCAUGGCAUCAACAGAGACGCGAAAACGGCGGGAACCAAGUGGGAUAACAUGCUGGGAGAGUUUAGAAAGGUUUAUGAGUGGGAGAGAGGUUCUGAGAGAGAACAAGUGGGGAAGAGUUACUUCAGGCUUUCGCCGUACGAGAGAAAGCUACAUAGGUUGCCUGCUUCUUUCGAUGAGGAAGUUUUCGAGGAGCUUUCGCAGUUCAUGGGGUCAAGGACGAGAACUCCUCAGAGCAGAUUAGGGUCGGUUGGGGACGACAGCCGAUCGGCUCUUGUUACGACUAGAAGUCUUCCCCAACCGCCUUCGUUCAAAGAAGACGACUUCCCUCUCUCAGGUAGGGGAAAGCAACUACUGAUCAUGAGCGGUGAAGGGGAACCGUUUUACCACGGAGGAAGAGGGACUUUUCUAGGGUUUCAUCACCAUGAUCAGUCUUCCAUAGACUUUACAACUGGCCUCUCUUCAUCUUCUUCCAAGGAGCUUCGUCGAAUCGGAAAGAUUCGAAUGACUUGGGAAGAAUCGGUGAGUCUGUGGGCGGAAGAAGGGGAGCACCACAGAGGGAGAGUGAGGCUGCAAGGCUUGAGCUUCUUGAACGCCGACGAGCUCACUUUCUUUGAUGAUUCCAUGGUUGCCUGCAGCAUGGAAGCUUUUGAAGAUGGCCAUUUUGGAGGCUUCUCCGUUGACCGAUUCGUAUCGGGUCAACAAGUCAAAGUCUUUGGCAGAAGAAAGCCUUCCUCCACUACUUCCGGGUUCAAUGAAAAAGUCCAGCUUUCCUUACCAGAAUCUUCAUCAAGAUCAAUGCCUCCAUGGGAAUUUCAAGACCCAACGGAGUACUACGUGGGGUGUCUUCGAGUCCCACCGCCAUCACUUCCUACCUUACUUGAGCUUCAAUGGUACGUACAAGAGCCACCGCCGGAGGAACUCCGUUUCCCACUCCGAAAAGACGUGUACCGCGACUUACCACAAGGGAAAGAGAUCUUCUUCACCACCUCAACAGAAUUGCUAGACUGUAGAGCCAUCACAUACGAUAUUCUAAUCCCUAUAGUCCGAACCAAUCCAAGUCUAGCUGCUGCUACUGCCACAAGUAGAGACUCCUUCAUUCCCAUUUGGGACGACUGCAUCAACCGAAUCGUCUCCAAAUUUUGUUCACUUGAAAUGGUCUUCAUCCGCAAGCCUAACUCCUCAUCACCGACUGAACCAUUACAGGAUCAAUGGCCAAACCUGACAGGCUUUGUUCGAAAUUUUUGUCUAUGGAGAGGGGAAGAAGCCCAUAAUUUAAAAGAUGUCCGCGACAUUAAUCCGUCAAGCUCAAUAGUUGAGAAACUUCUGUGGACUUACGUGGAUCUUCCUUAUAUAUUAGGGUACUACGCAAUCGGUCAUGUUGUAACAUUUUGUGCAUUGAGUCGUGUUCAAGAUCGAAUAAUUCGCACUGAUUUGGGCACGGUUGACCUGUCAUCGCCCUCGGAGAGACUCAAAGCCCUAGUCCCAUGUCACAGAAUUGCAAGCCUGUUGCCAUUGCUAGCCGAUCGAUGCUUCAACCCCAGUACUAAUUGCAAUGGUGGCUCUGACAACAUGCUACCUUAUAGCGAUUUUGAGAGGUUCAACAUGGGGAAUGGAAAUGCAAUCGAAAUGACGCCAACCACAGUGACUAGAUUUUAUAGUAACAUUCGGAAGGCGACCGCGGUCAAAGAAAUCUACGAUUUUCUCGGCCAACGAAUACCCCAUGCAGAGUACAUCCACAGAUCCUUGGAGAAAGAUUUGGCUUUGGUGUUUAAGCCCAGAGGGUGCAAGUUCAAGCCUACAAAUUGCAACCAGCUCGUUGAGGCUCUCAUGUACGUGACUAAAGCGCUUGUGGCUUUGCACGACUUGUCGUUUAUGCAUAGGGAUAUAUGUUGGGAGAAAGUGAUUAGGAAUGAGAGGGACAACGAGUGGUUUGUCUGCGGCUUCGAAGAGGCGGUCGGGGCUCCGCAGAUAUACCCGCACAAGUCGGUGAUGGCGGGAGAUGCGGCGGCGCGUGGGAGGCAUGCGCCGGAAAUGGAGAGAGGGUUGCAUGGUGUGAAGGUGGACGUAUGGGGAGUAGGGAAUCUGGUGAGGAGUUGCGGGUUGACAGGUGUUCCGAAGAUGCUGAGGGAGCUCCAAAACCGGUGUUUAGAUCAGAACCCGGAGAAGAGGCCAACUGCAGCCGACUGCUACCACCACCUGCUGCAGCUGCAAUCGUCUCUGCAGUCAGCCACAGCUGGUGGAGUUUUGAUGUGACCGCGACUCUCUCUUAUCUCUCUCAAAAAUACAUUAUUAAUUAAUUAAUUAAUUGGAUUUUGUUUUUCGUUAUGUGUUGUCUUUAUGGAGGGACACGUUUUGGUUGGAUGCUUGGAGAAAUUUUUAAUUCCGACAGGAACAUAAGUGGUACGCAAUAUGUUUUUAAGU